CGCCAUUCGAAGUAAGAGGAACUGCAUUUCAUUUGACGACGAAAUCUGAAGUCAGUUUGCCGUGAUCCAUUGGAUUAUUAUCUUAUUACUGAGGUUAUUUUACAAAUAAAGGACUCAAGAUGUCUGGUUUGUAUCCAUCACUAGAAGACAUGAAAGUAGGCCAGAUGGCCAGGGCUCAAGUUCAGCAUCAGCAGGUAGCACAUCAAGCAGCCAUCGAACACAACCAACAUUCACAUGUGGCUGCACCGGGAUAUCCACCUCAGCCUGGCCCACCAUCUUAUGCACCAGUAUCCAGUGCAGGGCAGUCAUCGUUGUAUCCAUCGUUAGAAGAGUAUAUGGGACUUAAUCUCACACCAGAGUUUGUAGCUCAAAACAUGCCAUUAGUAGCUCAACAACCGCAGGCACAAGCUGUCGCUGUACCGCAGUCGUCCGGUAUGUUGGCACCGGUGACUGGCAAUAGCGUGGGUCUGCGUAGAGCAGAAGUCAAGUCCGGUGUACGCGAGUUGAUAUGUUGUAAAGAUGAACAAGGAAGAAUCGGACUGCGUGUUAGAUCUAUCAGUAAGGGCGUGUUUGUACAGUUCGUUCAUAAGAAUACACCAGCAGCAUUGGCUGGAUUAAGGUUUGGAGACCAAAUACUGCAGAUUAAUGGUGAAAAUGUUGCUGGAUGGGACACUGAUAAAACUAUGAAGUAUCUCAAGAAAUGUGACCCACAAAGGAUUGUGUUUGCAGUUAGAGACAGACCAUUUGAACGCACAAUUACACUACAGAAAGAUAGUUCUGGACAUGUUGGAUUUGUUUACAAGAACGGCGAGGUGACUAAGAUUGCUAAAGAGUCGUCGGCUGCCAGAAACGGUCUUCUUAUUGACCACAUGCUGGUUGAGGUCAACGGUCAGAAUGUCAUUGGACUAAAAGAUUCCGAAAUAUCUGAAAUUGUCAGUGUUUGUGGAAGGACAGUCACACUUACAAUCAUUCCUAACUUCAUCUACAAACACAUCAUGAAAAGCAUCGGUGGUAGUCUUGUGAAGAAGGAUAUGGACCACUCUAUUCCUGAUGUGUAAAGUCUCAUCCCUAUAUGCCAAGAAAUAAUGGUUUGAUCCGCACCCAGUGAAGCUGAGAAGUAUACCAAAGGCAGCGACAUGGGGGUGGGUGGGUUGAUUUAGAGGGGAUCAUUAUCCUCAAUCAUACAUAAAUACACAUUUAACUGGAAGUUUUUAUUUUUACUUGAUCUUUUCAAAUUGCUCUUAAGACUGAAAUUUCUUUAUAAUGCUUUAAAGUUUUUGCCAGUAACUGGAUAAAAAAAAUAUUCAGACAUUUGGCCACUAGAGGGCAGUAUUGAAUGUGUUAUUUGAAGGAAAGUUUUAAUACUUGUACUAGAGAAGAAUGAUUAUAGCAAAAUGAAAUGUUCUUUAUUUAUCCAAAACUGAGGAGAUUUGCAGCGACAAAAAUUAAUGAAAAUUGCUGCUUUUAGAACCAAAAAAGAAUUCACAACAUUUGAAACUUGUCUUUGGCGAAAUAAGAAGUUUGUUCAGUCAUUUUAUAAAUACGUGCAUUUCUAAUAAAGUAAAUAUUUAAGAUCUAUAAUCCUUUAACAACAUUUUGUAUUCCGAGGUGUUCAUCACAUACUGUAUUUAUGUCAUAAGUCAUAUUCUAAUAAUAACCCAGCAUACUAUAAAGAUAGCUAUUGGUUUUACAUGAACUUCUAUUUUAACUACCCUUAUAGAAAAAAUAUAUGAUAGUCUUGUCUCUGUGUAUUAGCAAUAAAAUAACUUGUAUCCAGUGUUUUUACUAAUUUAUAUAUAAUUAUUUCUCUGAUACCUACAUGUGUAAACGUUAAUACUAAGUUACUUACUUGUUCUGUAGUAGGCAUUAACAAGUUGUGUUCAUUUGAUCCAAAUGACAACAGAUUCUAUGAUGUCAUAUUACCCAUAAUCCUUUGCUUGAAAAACAAAAUGGCUGACUACAUAAUGCUGAUAAAAAGUUGAAUAUCUAGAGAAUGAAAAGUGAUAUAAAAAAACUGUAAAUUGCAUUCUCCUACAUUUGUGGAGCUUAUUCGUGAGAGGUCAUUAUGUUGUUUGGCUUGAUGUUUCCUUCAAACAAAAUUGUGCAGAAUGUUACAAGCAGGGAAAUAAUGGUUAAGGCAUAAGAGGGGGGGGUUGAUGGGAUGUCUGCAUUAGCAUAAUUACAUGCGCAAGAAACUAUGAGCUAUCCAUGCUGAUUUCAUUUUGAAUAGAAUGAAAAUAUGAUUUUGAUUUGAAUACCGUACAAGGAUCUUAUUGUUUACAGGUUUGUAUAUGUAUAAGAACUUAUGAGAGCUCUGUAGGUGGGAUGAAAGUUGUCCUAGAAAGUCAUGAGUUGCGUCAUGUGACAACCAUCCACGUCUAAAAACAAACUAAACUGUUGUCACAUGCGACUGCUAUAGUGGCCAACUGUGACUGUAUUAGGGAACCAUCUCUGCGAACAGAUUUAAAUUUGCAUAUGAUUGACAUGCAACUCAUUAAUAAUUUCAACUAAUCAAAUUAGUUACGGCUACCAUAUGCAAAUGUAGCUUACUGGGUUCACUGUAAGCUAUUGUGGUCACAAGUGACAACAGUUAUGGGGCAGGGAUACCCAGCCUUCAUAGUAAACUAGAGCGUACAUCUUUCCAUACUCGCCGAUGGACACUAGUUUAGCUACAUUUCUUUUAAGAUACAAGUCCUUAUAGUUGUAAUCUGAGAACUCUCAACAUAAAUAAUAUUUUCAGAAAUCUGUGUGAAGUUCUUCCUUAAUUAAAAAAGAUGCUAUAUUAUUUUUUUUUGUUUUUUUAGAAUAGGUGCCUUUUCACAUAUAAUCCUCAGAAGGAUGACAAAAAUACCACAAUUUAUAUAUUUACAUAAUAGUCAAUGUAGUAGAUAAUUUUUAUCUCUUGUACACAAAUAUUUUUCACGUCAAAAUGUCUUAAAUUUACAUUUGUAAGUCUUCAAGAUUUACUGAAUUAUGAUUAUUAAAAUGAGUUUCUGUAAUUGAAAAUGUAUCAUUUGGCAUACCGUAUUUGUGUCUAUGGUCAAAAUAAUUUGUAUUACUGUAAAACACGUUAAAAUAGCUAUAUGGCAUUUUAGAGAAUUUGACUAAAUGCAUAAAUUAACAGAAUCUUAAUUUAGCUUAAAGUGCUGACAAUCUCAUUGUAAGAAUAUACUUUAUUUUAAAUUGACAUUUUGAAUUCGCUAAAAUAAUAUGCUAGCUAAAAAGACAUGUUUUAAAGUAUAAGGUUUGUGCGUGUGUCUGUUACGGGGGGUGGGGGUGGGAUUGAGGAUGUACUUCUAACCGAGAAAAUAUAGUAUUGGGCUAGCUGAUAUUUUCAUUAGUUUUGUUCAUGCGUACAAGCUGGUAUUGCUGUCUGGUAAUGCAGGAAACCUAGGUAUCUAUCAAUGACAAAAUUAUUUACAAUUAUUGCUUUUAAAUAUAUAGGUGUGGUUUCUUUGAUUUUUUUUCAUACGAAUUAAACUUUAUUUAAAUUUUGAAUUUGACAUAAUAAAACGGUAUCAAUUUAUUGCAAAGCAAGAGAAACUACACAAGGUAAGACAGAUUUGUGAUUGUUGGCAAAUAUUUGAAUUCAAUCGUUUAAAUGGUGGUGGUGGUCGCCAUGCAAACGAUGUAUUUCACAGGGUACCGUAUUGAUCAUAGCACACCGAGAUGACAAUCAAAGAUGUAAUAUAAGAAAUGUGCCAAAUUGAUGUUACCAUAGAGUUUAUGAAAUGUACAUUCACUGAUGUUUUAUUAAAUAAAUCCAUAUUGUAGAAUUUGUGUUAAA